AACAAAACCGGAGAGAGAAAGAGAAAAAAGAGAAACCAAACCAAAUGGGUAAGAUAGUUGAGAGAAGGAAGAAGAAGAAAGGAAGACCUUCUCUUUUAGAUCUUCAGAAACGGACUCUCAAAGAGGAGCAGCAACAGAACAGCAAGCCCAACAACUCUGCCCAAAAUACUGCAUCGAAUUACAGCUCUGCCACUGAGAAUCCGGUCCGUCGAUCCACACGCCGGAACCCGAAUCCGUCUCCCGAGAGAGUCGUCUCCGACGACGAAGAUGACGAAUUGGGAGCUAAUCGACGCGAGAAGAAGCUGAAGCUGGUGCUCAAGUUGCAGAAAUCUGAACAGAAUUCAAAUUCUAACGCCUCCGAUUCGGACGAAAACGCUACGCUUAAUCACAAAAAGAGGAAGAUCAAUGCGAUCGGAGGUGGAUCUGGGAGUGGGGAUUAUGAAAAGGGAGAGAAGUCUAUUUCUGAUACAAACCCAACAAAUAACAAUCAAGGGGCUUUGUUGGAAUCGGGACCCCCAACGCCUUUACCUGAUAAAAAGCUUUUACUGUUCAUCCUCGAUAGGCUUCAAAAGAAAGAUACUUAUGGUGUGUUUUCUGAGCCAGUGGACCCAAAAGAGCUUCCAGAUUACCAUGAAGUCAUUGAGCAUCCCAUGGAUUUUUCAACUGUUAGAAAGAAACUAUCUAAUGGAGCUUAUGCCAGCUUAGAAGCAUUUGAGGAAGAUGUUUUCUUGAUAUGUUCCAACGCAAUGCAGUAUAAUGCUCCAGAUACUAUAUACUUUCGACAGGCACGAUCCAUACAAGAACUCGCAAUAAAGAAUUUUGAAAAUCUAAGGCAGGACAGUGAUGAUAAUGGGCCUGAAAUUAAAGUGGUAAGAAGAGGGAGACCACCAACCAAGUGGAAAAAGCCACUGGGCAGGCCCCCCUUGGAGCGUGCUCGUUCAGAGUUCUCCUCUGGUGCUACUCUUGCUUCUGGGGCAGAAAACACUAGCUUGUCCAAUCAUGAUUUAAGAAAAGGACCCCUUCUUGCAGACAAGUCUGGGUGUGCGCAGUCAUCUGGACAAUUUUAUAGCUCUCUCAACGUCACUCGCAGUGGAUGGUUGACUGAGAACAAAUUUGUGAGCAAUGAUGAAGGUUCAAUGUCAAGGGGUUAUUCCAUGAAGCAUGGUAAAAAACAAUUUGUACCUGAUGAGAACAGGCGCAACACAUACUUGCAAUUUCAUCCGUCAGCUGGUGGGCGGGAGCGAUCUGUGUUCACCACUUUUGAUGUUGAUAGGAAGCAGCUAAUGGCUGUAGGGCUUCAUUCGGAGCACGGUUACACAAGAAGCCUAGCUCGUUUUGCUGCAAACCUUGGACCUGUUGUUUGGCAAAUUGCUUCAAAAAAGAUAGAAAGGUGUUUGCCUGCAGAGAUUAAGUUUGGCCCUGGAUGGGUUGGAGAGAAUGAUGUCACACCACCUAGGCCAAUAAUACUUCCUUCAAGCCCUCCAAGUCUGCAGUCUUUCUUAGAUCCCUUCUCCAUUCCUGAAAAUUCUUGUUCUGCUACUACAAGUACCAUGAUUGAAUCAAAAGGAGAUAAAUUAACAGAGAAACCUGAAGCACAGGAUUUCUCAGAGACACAUGUACCUCCAACACUCUCUCCCUUGGAUGGCCAUUUAAGAAAGCCUAUCCCUACAUCUGCCAUCAACUCUUCAUCCCUCUUUGUUGCUAAUCGAUUGACUGAACCCUGCACUGAAAAAUCAGAAGUGGUUGCUGGAUCAAACUCCCAUACUGGUUUUAACGUACCAAAUAGCAGUGUGGGAGCAAUCAACACAAGGCCUCCCAUUCAGAUUCAUCAGAGCCCUGUAAUUUAUCCUGGAAUGAAUGGAUUUAAUGGCACUCAUGAGUUUAAUCUCCCAGCUCAGAAGGGGAAAUUAAUCAGGGCAACCAGGUCCGGUGAACCCACCUUGCAGCCAUCUAAGAUGCUUGAUAGUGUCUCUAGAACUAAAACUAACUUUAUCCAUUCGGCGACUCCAAAUAAAUUGAACUCAGAAGAUCCCAAGUUGGCAGAUAAUUCAAAUGCUAAUUAUGGUAAACCAUUACCAAAUUCAGAUUGCCAAGUGUCAGCAGUACAGACACCCGGGCAUCUUCGGCCAACUUGGCAACAAAAGUCAGAUUCAGUUCCACCUGAUCUAAAUGUCAGGUUUCAUUCUCCAGGAUCUCCUAGUUCUAGCAGAGUAGAUUCAACUCAACCAGAUUUAGCAUUGCAGCUGUGAUAAUAAUUGAGUUAAUUUUUUCCUCCUCUAUUUGAUUAAGUUAACCAUAGAAUGGUGUUAUUGAUGGGGUGCUGAUUAGAGCCUCACCAACUGUAUUGUUAAAGAAAAGAGUAGAAUAUUAUUCUUGUACAGAUUAAUGCAUCCUAAUUUGUAGGUCUAGAAGCUAAAAAGAUGUCAUUCAAAAUAUUUUAAACCAUUAAUAUGAUGUAAUUGGAAAUCAUUUUCAGAUGAUGUAAGAUGUUCAUUUCAUAAUCAGAAUUCAGAAUUAUUGUCUUA